AAUGUGAGACAUGCAGUUUCUUUGUUCUACCACUCUCGGAGUACGUAUACCAUUUGCUGUAUUGACCGCCUGCCGCUGUUCGCAUUCAUCUCUUGACCUCACUCGAGGUUUUUAUUUCUAGACUUCUUACGUUGUUCAAGGGGCAAUUGCUUGUCCUCAUCUUGAAAGUCAAACUUGAAGGCUGAAAACACAUUUCCAUUGUCUCAGGUUGUUUGGCGAUUUCGUUGCUUGAAACUUGAUUGAUUCGGUAACCAGCCACACGGGGCCAUAGGCACAAAAGGGUCACUGCGGCGCAAAACGAUAUAAAUCCGCUGCCACACGGACACUUGACGCCUCUCCUUCACCCAUCACCCCUCAACCAUCGCCGGCUACCCCUCAGCCACCACCUAAGAAUAAAGGAACUCCCUUGAAAUUCACGCUGAAAGGCUUUAUAGAGUGGUGCAAUCAAUACAUCUACUACAAGGACCUACGAAAAUUUCUCAUUCGCGAGAUGAUUGGCCUAUUCGUUGGGCCCAUGCCCCCUCGCGGUUUCCUCGAAGCGUUCAUGAGGCUGAAGAUACUAAGGAAACUGAACCCUGAGGACCUGCCAGAAGUCGAUUUUUCUGAAAUCCCUCUCAAGAAGCUCGAAGUGGAAAUGUACCAACCUCUGUGCGAUGCUAUCAAUGACUCUGGCGUCUGCUCUGGCUUCAAGUUGAUUGACGUUUCGAGUUCAGUGGACGGGAAUGGCAUUCCAUUGCGUCCGGAUCUGGCAUUUGUACCAACCGAUGCUGAAGACCUCAUGGACUAUACGGUCAUGGAAUUUUUCGUCGAGGCCAAAGUCCACGAUCUCGCAGAUCCCUUUCAUGGCAAUACCUUGAACAAUACUAUCGAAAAAAUGGUGGGAGAAAGUGCAGAAACUCGCGGACAGACGAUAUCCUAUGCGGCCGCGUUAUUAUCUCGUCAGCACAGAACAUUUGCAUUCUCUAUCGUCGUGUGCGGCAAGUAUGCUCGUUUCUUACGAUGGGACCGUGCUGGAUGUAUUGUCAGCGACAGGUUUGAUUACGUCGAAGAGCCGGAUAUCUUGCUGGAGUUUUUCUGGUGCUAUGCGCGACUGACUCGCGAAGAACGUGGCUUUGACCCGACUGUGGUGCCUGCUUCUGCUGCCGAGGCCAAGUUGCUCUCUGAUACUCUGUCGCGAUACAUCAAGGAGUCUCAGCCCCGCAAUGUCAGCUAUCUGCAACCCAAGCCCGACUCUACCUAUCCGUUCUCCAAGAUGCUGGUUCCAACGCCGAAUGGCACUCGGGAGUUGAUCGUUGGCAAACCUUUCUGGGACGCCGACUCUCCUUGUGGUCGAGCGACAAGGGCCUAUGCUGCGUACGACAUGGUGGAAAAGAAGAUCGUGUUUGCGAAGGAUUCUUGGCGUGAUAAAGACGAAGACAGCCUUUCAGAGGCUGUGAUCUAUGACACACUUCAGAAGAGCAACGUACCUUUCCUACCUGAAGUCAUUGCAGCUGGUGACGUGUAUGUGAAGAUCAAGAAGAGGAAGAUGUCUCAGAGGACACUCACACGGAAGUGGGCUGUCCGUAGCGGUAAAGCUGUACUGUGGCGUCUACCGUGUGCGGAAAUGCGGACUCUUGUCCACUGUAGAGUCGUUCAGCAACUAGCGUAUCCCCUCACGUCUGCACGCUCAUCGAAGGAGGCCGCUCAAGCUAUCCGUGAUGCGAUCGAAGCUAUCAAAGUCGCAUACCACGAUGGCAAGAUCUUCCAUCGCGACAUCAGCACUGGAAAUAUCAUGAUCAGUCAAUCUGGUCGAGGGAUUCUCAAUGACUGGGAUCACGGAUUGAGGGUCAUUCUCAGAAACACACCUAAGGCGUACCGGACGGGCACUUGGCAGUUCAUAUCCAUUCUAUUGCUCCAAAACCCCAAGAAAGGCCAUGAUGUUCAUGAUGACUUGGAAUCUUCUUUCUGGGUCCUACUCUACGUCUCAUUGCAUUACUUUCCGCACAACCUUGGGCCAACUUUCAAUGUCAGGUUCUUCGACGAAUGCUCGGAGGAGCAAGAUAUUAAUGCUGGAGACGGGCAAACUCGUGAAUUAGGAGGCGCGGGGAAGACCAGUUUCCUCUCCCAUAAACUGAAAGUCGUUGAAUGGCGUUGCGUUCCGUUGAAUUCACUAAUCCACAGUUUCGGCGAACUGCUCACCGACUACCAGUACUACUACGAAAAGAUGGACCGUAACAACAAUAAAGACGCAGAGGCCCAGUUCAAGGCAAUACAGGAACAGCUAGAGAAGGUGGAUACUGUCUUGGGUCUUUUCGAUACUGCUCUGGCAUCGGAUGAAUGGCCAGAGGACGAUGCAGUACCUGACCAAUUCCCACUCAAGACCAAAAAGCAGGAGGACCGGAUGAUUCAUGGUUUGAAGUCACGAGCUAUUGCUACUGCCGCCCUGGAGAGGCAAGCUGCUGCUAGCCGGACAGCUCCUCCAACUCGAUCUGCUAUCCCUGGGAUACGUUCUAGCGCUCGAUUAGUCCAGCAGAGAAACGAACAGCAAGAUCUUGCACCGGAAGCCGGGCCUUCACGCCUUCCCAUUCCCAUGAGCUCUCGCAGCACUGUGAAGAGAACACUUGAUGAAGUGCCUGUAGAGUUGCCAGUGUUCCGUUCCAAGCGGGCGAAGACGGCGCCAGAGCGGAGACCUUUGAAGCGUGCACCCAAACCUCCACCUCCUGAGCGACCAGUGGUGGAGCAUCGAUACCCUACACGUUCCAAGUCGAAUGGUUCCCGUCGGGGUAAUUCGCUCAAGAAGCCACAGGAGGAGGACGUCGAGAUGCAGGAUGUCCGACGUCGAAACGCGAGUCGUUCGAGAACAAAGUCGAAGUCGAAAGACACACGUCGUGUUCAGGCCACCGCUAGCGAGAAGUCAACCGUGGAAAAGCAGCAAGCUCGUCGAAAGGGUAAACAGUCAGUCAAGUCAACGGCAGGUAAUGGGAGUCGGUCUCCACCUAAAUCCAGUACGCGUCGGCGAAAAUAAAUUCGUUUGUUUUUCCUUUGCAGGCUCUGAUCGAUACCAAAUUGAAAUCUCCCCUUGUGUCUGAGUUCACGGCACCCAUGAUGUUUCGAAGACGUAUAUUAGUUAUGUUGAACAGCGCAUGUUGUACCGAAGUUCAAUGGCAACUUUCCAUUCACGGAUUGCAAUCACUGAGGAUCUCAUCCCUGGAGUUCAUCGGGUGCAGUACUGCUCCGCCUUUGCAGAAAAUUUUGGAUGAAGGACCUAAGUAUAUCUUCGCAGCCACAGAGAAAAAUAAAACCAGUAGUCACGAGCC